AUGGCUUUGCUAGUAGACAAGCUGCGACCACGUUCGCUCGAUGCCCUGUCGUACCACCAUGAACUCUCCGCGCGGUUGAAGUCACUGGCACAGAGUGGAGAUUUCCCUCAUCUACUCAUGUACGGACCAUCGGGUGCAGGCAAAAAAACCCGGACAAUUGCAACGCUAAAAGAACUGUACGGUGCGGGUGUGGAGAAGAUCAAAAUCGAUGCCCGAGUCUUCCAGACGACGAGUAACCGGAAACUUGAAUUUAACAUUGUAUCGUCUGUAUACCAUCUGGAAAUCACACCUUCGGACGUCGGAAACUAUGACCGUGUCGUCGUGCAGGAGCUGCUCAAAGAGAUUGCGCAAACACAGCAGGUCGAUCUCUCCGCAAAGCAAAGGUUCAAGGUUGUCGUUAUCAAUGAAGCAGAUCAUCUGAGCCGUGACGCCCAGGCAGCUCUGAGACGGACUAUGGAGAAAUACAGCCCCAACCUGAGACUCAUUCUGUUGGCCAAUAGCACUUCGAAUAUCAUUGCUCCGAUUCGUUCCAGAACCCUGCUGGUCAGGGUUGCGGCACCAAGCGAAGACCAGAUCUGCUCUGUGCUCAGCGCUGCGGGCAAGAGGGAAGGCUGGCCGGAGGCGCCUGGACUUAAUCAGAGGAUAGCGAAGGAGAGUGGACGCAAUCUCCGACGCGCGUUACUCAUGUUCGAAGCUAUCUAUGCUCAGAGUGAGAAGGUGACGGAGAACACUCCGAUCCCACCUCCGGACUGGGAGGUGCUCAUUUCUAUUAUGGCUGAUGAGAUCCUGGCUGAGCGGUCUCCAGCUCGACUAUUACAAGUCCGGGCGCGCUUGUACGAUCUCUUGACUCACUGCAUACCGCCGACUACUAUCCUCAAGACCCUCACCUUCAAGCUCAUCGCCAAACUAGACGAUGCCCUGAAGCCCGACGUUAUUAGAUGGUCUGCAUUCUACGAGCACAGAGUGACACAAGGCAGCAAAGUAAUCUUCCACCUUGAGGCCUUCGUCGCCAAAUUCAUGCGCAUCUAUGAAAGUUACCUCAUGGGCAUGGACUUCUAA